GGAAAACACUGGGAGCCAGAAUAGAGCGUCGCAUUUGAAACGCUAAAACCCCCAACAGAAAAUGAACAACCGCCACCACUGAACUCCACCACUCUCACCUGUUCUCUUGUCUUUCACUCACCAAUGUCACAGAGCGUUCAUCUCGUCUGUUAUGGACCAUCCGAUAGCAAAUGUCUACCUUGUUCUGGGAUUCCGGGGAGAGUAGCCCCUGUACACCCUUGCUCUUCUCGUUUCAAGUCGCAGAUCAGGGUUGGAACACUGAACCGUGCUUAUAGUGGGGUAUCUUUUACAUGUAGAGCAAGUUCCAGUGGUCGUAACAGAAAUCCAGAGUUCGGAAGGCAAAACAGGCAAGGAUACUCUCGGGGGAGGAAUAGGAGAAAUGAAGAGAGAGAUGGCUAUGAAAACCUUGAAGAAUCGGAUUUGCUUUCUGCUAAAAAUGGUCCACUGCUCUCCCUUCCUAGUAACACAAAGUUUGGGGCUACUGCAUCCCCCGGUCCCAGAGAAAAAGAGAUUGUUGAGCUGUUCAGGAAAGUCCAGGCUCAGCUUCGGGAGAGAACUGCUGUCAAAGAAGAAAAUAAGGUUGAACCUGUGCAAGGGAAAGGUAAAGAGAAUGAAACUGUAGAUUCUCUUCUUAAACUAUUAAGGAAACAUUCGGCUGAACAGGCAAAGAGAAACAGUAAUGGUGCUGGAAACAAAGACUUUAUGUUGGACCAACCAGAAAAGAAUGGCCGAUAUAGUGAAAGAAAAAACACGGCUUUGGAUUCAAAUAAUAGUGUGAAGGAUUAUACUGAAGAGCCUACUGCCUCUUUGAGCAGGCCUGCAUCAAAUUUUCGACGCAAGUCUCCCAUCAAUCGGUUGGCGUAUCAACCUAUAUAUUCAGAGGACGAUGAGACAGUCAAUUCGAUGCAGCAUGUGAAUUCAACUGACAAAUGGAAAAGGAAUCAUGCUGAGAGAGUUUCUAAACCAGAGCCAGAGGUUGAGAUUGAUGUGGAGUCAAUACUUGAGCCUGAGCCUAUUCACUUGACUGACAUUGACUUUGAGCCUGAAUCCGAGCCUGAGCGAGAGAUUGUUCAGUUGUUAGAGGAUGAGACUUCAGGUCCUGAAGAAAAUCUUGUUGAUGAUGAUCAUGAUGAUGAGGAGGAGGACGAGGAGCAACUUAUUGAACAGAUGGAUUUGAGUGCAUGUAAGUUACCAGAAUUAAGGGCGAUCGCCAAGUCUCGAGGCAUGAAAGGGUUCUCAAAGAUGAAGAAGGCUGAGCUUCUGGAGUUGCUUACCAGCGGGAGCUUAGAUUGAUUCAUGAAUGCAUACCAGUUCGAUGAGAUUUUGGUUUUGGUUUCAUUUAUGUUGGCCUUAUUUUCAUUUAUGAUGUUAGUCUUUCACAGAAAAGCUUGUUGGGCGUUUCCAGUUGGGGGUCCUUUUGAGCAAUGGCUGGUGAGGUCGGUCUGACCCCAGUGUGAAUUAGCCUGUUUUUUGUUCUGUUCAGUCAUCUCCGGGAAGCUGUGUCUGAUUCAAUUUGCUUGUAGACUAGUGAGUGAGUGCUCUAUGUAAGACUGGUGAGCUUGUUGAACUGUCAAGUUCACAUUUGUAGUUUCUUACUCAAAAUAUAACUCAAGUUUUUGUCCAUCUUUUCUUGUUCAUUUCUCAUAGGCCUUCCAGCAUGUAUAUGCCUCAAAUAUUGCAAUUGAGAGAAUGUAUGUUGUUAAACCCU